CUUUCGUUCAGAAAGAAAUCACACAAACCCAGACAAAAAACCCUAGCACUGUAGGCCAACACCACCGCCGCAAGGAGUGGCAUACUGCCGCCGUCCGUCGCACUCAAAGUUCGCCAUCCGUCCAUCUAUCUAACUUUCCUCGUGCUCCAAGUCUUCAACCCCUGUUCGCUGUCACCGAUCGCGGCUACUUGCUCGAGCUCGGCGUCCGUCGUCUUUGUCUGCUCAGCCGCGCUUCCAUCGCCGUUUGUUUGCCGUUCACGUUCGCAUCUUCGUUCAGCUGUCGUCUUCGUUCGCGUUCUUCGGCGUUCACGUUCGCUCGGCGUUCAUCGUUCGCGUUCACUCGCCGUUCACCAUUCGAGUUCGCAUUCGUGUUCGUCUGGAAGCCACGUUGCUCUGCUUCAAACUCUCCGACCAACCCGCGCGCUCCACCUAGCCGUCGAACUGCUCUCUUUUGUCGCCGCCGUACCAAAGUAUUACUCAGUCCUCCAACCUCCAGCCUGCCUCCCACAUUCAGUCUUGUCCACUGCCUGCUAGACUGCCUCUCAUCCCCUUUGCCACCUCCUCACUACCUCCGGGGGCCUCGCCAGUCACGAUUCGCCGGCUUCACCACCUCCCUCAUCGGCGACUCCUCACUCUGCCUCGUCUCCUUCGUGGCCAGAACUUUAGCCUCCUCUUCGUCAGCUCCACGCCUCCACGACAUCGUUCAGACCCCAGAUCCCCAGCCUCUAUCGGCGCCGUCUCCGUGGAAGCCGCAUCUGCCAGUCUCCGCCAUCUCCUCUGUCUCGGAUUGAUUUUAUUUUAGUUAUGGCAACUGCAACAUACCCGCCGCCCCCACCAUAUUAUAGGCUCUACAAAGAUUACUUGGAGGACCCUAAGUCUGCUCCAGAGCCUCCUCCUCCCAUAGAAGGGACCUACGUUUGUUUUGGAGGCACCUACACUACUAGUGAUGUUUUGCCAAGCCUGGAAGAACAAGGGGUGCGCCAACUCUAUCCAAAGGGGGCUAAUGUUGAUUUCAAGAAGGAGCUGAGAUCACUGAAUGGAGAAUUGCAGCUACACAUUUUGGAGCUUGCAGAUAUUCUUAUUGAGAGACCAUCACAGUAUGCAAGGAGAGUUGAAGAGAUUUCGACUGUAUUCAAAAACUUACAUCACCUUUUAAAUUCCUUGCGACCUCAUCAGGCAAGAGCAACAUUAAUUCACAUUUUGGAACUUCAGAUUGAGCGUCGUAAAGAAGCAGUGGAGGACAUAAAGAAGAGAAGAGAAGAGGCACGAAGACUACUUAACGAGUCCCUAGCAACACUUGAUGAUCAAUAGGACAUUUUUCUGCAUUGAAUCAAGUUAGCAAAGCCGAUCCCUAUAUGAGAAAUUAAUGUAUUUAUAACUUUAUAGAUUUUCUACUUUAUACAUGUGGUCUAGAAUUGAACGCUAUGCUUGUGAUGUUAAAUCUAUUUCUGGUGUUGCCUCGAAAAUUUUCGGUUACGUUUGUUUAAUGUUUUUCUUUUCUAUUUUUAUUUUCAGUAUUUUAUGUUUUUAAUAUUUUGCAAAAAUAAAAAAUGGGUGAAAUAAAACA